AUGCCGCCCCGCAAGAAGGCAAAGGCAAGUGCAGCUUCCGCAGCUUCAACACCGUUACGCGACACGCAGCCCAAGACACCGCAAGAUUCUGGCCUUGCACAGCUGCACGAUGACCUGCUCAAUGAUCCCUGGGCCGACGAGCAGGAAACGCAGCUUAUGAAGAGCAUGAUGAAGUGGAAGCCAACAGGCAUGCACAAGCACUUUCGCAUCAUCAGUAUUCAUACCGACAUGCGCUCACAUGGUUUCGCGAGCGAUGAUGCACCUCACACACGUAUUCCCGGUAUAUGGAAGAAAUUGUGGCAGUUGUAUGAUCUAGACGCCCUCGAUACGCGCGAGAACGAAUUCGCCUUUGCCGAAGAACCCGACCCUCUAAACCCCGAGGAUGCCGCUCUCAUGCCCGAAUUUGAGCUCCCUGAAGACGAGUUCGGUGAGAUGAUGUGGCUGAGACGCUUCCACCGCGAAUCCUCAGCCGCUGCCUCUUCACCGGCCAUGGUUCCAGUCGAUGAAUACAAAGACCUUUACGCUCCAGGCAUCGGCCUGCUCAACGACCUGCCUGAUAGCGUGCGCAGUCAAAAAGCAGAGAGCGUAGCCGAAGCCACACCCACCCCUAGGAAUGCAAAGGGUGCCAAAGGAGCUCGAACAGCCAAGACCGGAAAAGGUACCAAGGCUGGAGCUAAUACUGCAAAGAACACAAAAGCUCAGAGCACCGUGUCUGAGUCUGCCGAGGAAGAGGAUGAGCAUGAUGAUGACGAGGAAUCUAGUGUCGAGUCUGAACAAGACAGCGCGCCUAUCACUCGACGAGCGAAUCGUGCAAAACCUAAAGCGGCGCCAAAACGAACGAGAAAAAGAUAA